AUGUCAAGAGCCUCGAGCAGUACCAGCUGCAACUUAUUAAACCGAGAAUGGGAUAGUCUCCUUCUAGAUGUUGUGUUUGAGAUUCUUGAUAAGUUGCUAGAACCUGCUGACCAUGGUCGCUUUGCAGCCAUUUGCAAACGCUUUCAUUCUCUUGCGAAGGAGUACAACAAGGCAAACCGACACAUCCGCCAACUUAACAAGGAUCUUCUUCCUCCCCCCAUGCUUUUGAUACUUGAAGAAUGCACCAGGGAUGGUGUGACAAUAGAACUUCAGCACCCUUUAAGGAAAUCAUCAACUAGUAUUCGUCUCCCUGUCUUAAAACGAAUUUCAUUCGAAAAGGUUAUACUAUCUGGGGAUCCGGCUCUGAAUCCAGACAGUUAUGUGGUUGGAGCAACACACGGUGAAAGUGAUUUGGGGUUGCUGGCUUUCAUCAAAGCAAGACAACAACACUGGACUUACAUCCAGGUACCAAUACCUCUUCGAUGCGUUGACGCUAUAUUUUCUAAGAACCAAAUCUAUGCUCUAGGCCACAAUGCAGAGAUUGUGUUUGUGAAUCUUGAUAGCAACAGCUACAAUGUGCCGGAAGCAAAGCUACUCACACGUCUAAAACGGAAUAUUUUUGGCCGCGGGUAUCUUGUCGAGUCGACUAAUGGAGACCUAUUGUAUAUCGAAAAAGUACAAGAUAUUAUGUGCUGGAUUCAAGAAUUCAAGGUUUACAAGGUGGUGUUCAGUGAUGGAGAUGGCUCCGUUAUUGAGCAGCUACUUGAAACAACAAGCAUUGGAGAUGAAGCUUUAUUUCUGGAUGACAAUCAUGCAGUCUCUUUUUCGGUAUCAAACUUUCCCAAGUGCCAGCCAAAUUCCAUAUACUACAGCUCGAAGUUCAACUUAAGAGGUCCAAAUGGUAUGCCAACUUUCGUGUUCAACUUAAAAGAUGAAACCAUCACACAGAGUGGGGCGCUACAUGGACUUUGGAUUAUGCCGUCUUAUAAUGGACUCUGCUAG